AUGAGUGGACAUUAUGAAAGGGAUCAAACGGACGAUUCCAAGACCAAGAUGAAAGACGAAAUCCAGGCAGAUUACCAACAACAGGGUGCACACGUCGGAUUCAUCGAACAUGUUAGCGGUUCGCACAACCCUAUCAUUGUUGGUAGUCAAGUCACCUACAAUUUCAAUAACGCUCCGCCGCCAGAGAGGGCAGGUGCUUGGAAUGCUCCCCAGAAUGCAGAUGACUUGCCUGCAGUGGAACCCGACUGUAAAGGUUCCUACGCAGCUCUUAAGAUGAAGACAGCUCGACCCACGCAGGACAUGCUGAAUCAAGAAAAUACUUAUCAGCUAACGUCGAAGUGCAAAGGACUUGCGUUCAUUCUAAACAACAGCGUUUUCAACGGAGGCCAGCUGCGGAAAGGCUCACAGAUUGAUACGGAAAACAUGAAACAUCUCUUUAAAGAACUCGGAUAUACACCAAUUCUCCACGAGAAUCUUAAAGGAGAGGAUAUCACCAAGUUUUUCAAGGAGUUUGCCUCCAUGUUCAAUCACACUGGCGUAAGUUACGACUCAGCCGUGAUAGCAUUGAUGAGCCACGGCCAUACGGGAGUCAUUCUCGGCAUUGAUGACGUUCAAGUGAAACUGCGAGAUUUGCAGCGGGAGCUGGAACCCCAUAACUGUCGGGGGCUGGAUGGGAAACCCAAGAUGUUCUUCGUGCAGGCGUGCAGGCGAAAAUUUGUUACCACACUACCCGUAAGUCAUGACGGGCCCAACACUGCGUCCGGUGCCCAAGAAUCUAACCAACUUCUCGAAGAGUUAGUCCUGGAACAACUAGACACCUUCGUUGCAGAUAUUGGGAACCCCGCGGAUGUAUACUUCGCUUAUGCAACAACGGACGGUUAUCUUUCUCUGCGGAGUGAGGUCAGUGGUUCUUUCUUCGUUCAAGCUUUAUGUGAGGUCUUCUUCGCUCGAGCCCAUCUGGACAAGCUAGAUACACUGAUGACUAAGGUAAGAGCUCGAGUAAACAGCAGGAAAGGAAAGCUGUUCGACCAGGAAUUAAAACGUGUUGUUACCGUCAUGCAAACGCCGGAGUGCGUCAAUCGCACGCUCAAAGAUGUCUACUUCCUCCCUAAUUAUCCAUAA